AUGGACCGCUCUCCCUCCCCUUCCUCCAUCUCCGCUCGCGCACCCUCUCUCUCCCUUCCCUUCCUAGUCCGCGCCCUGCACACCUUCGACCCCUCCUCCCUCCUCUCCUCGACCUCCUCCAGCUCGUCACAGCAGAUCCAGUCGUGUCUCGCGUUCGAGGCGGGGACCGUCGUACGGUGUUUGGGGAGGGACGAGAGUGGGUGGUGGGAUGGAGAGGUUGUUGAAUGGAGCGGCCAGGAUGGUGAGGAGAAGGUCGGGAACAGGGGGUGGUUUCCGAGUAACUAUGUUGAGGUGCUUGGGGUCGAGGAGGGUGUUGUUGCGGUUGGCGGAGGAGAGACUCGCGAUGCCCACCUCUCACAGGCCGCCCGGACACUACUGCGCGCCAUCGACCAGAACGUCGGCUUGCUCGAUGCAGCAGUCGCAGACGGCAAGAAAGCGCAUUACCAGCCCAGUACAGCCUGCUUGAUCUCCUCCAUCCGCACCGUCCUCUCCUCGACCUCAGCCUUGACGCGCGAUUCCCCCGUCCUCCGCUCACACCCCUCGCUCGCAUCAGCACGCAAAAAGAUCCUCUCCUCCCUCGCCCACCUCGUCAACCAAGCUCGGAAGGCGUCUUCGCCAGCCGAAGACGUCGGACGCGAAGAAGCGGAGGAUAUGCGAAAGAUUGCGGGAGAGACGGUGGCGUUCGUCAGGAAGUUUAUCGAGCUGGCGGAAGAGAAAGGCGUGGUGGUGGAUCUUGGAACAGCGUCGAACGGAUCGUCCGCUUCGGCGACUGGGAAGGAGGUCAGGGCUGCGAAGAGUAUGGGGAACUUGAGACGGCCGACGGUUGUUGCGCUUGAGAACCCUCAGGCAGGGACGGCGUUCCCGCUCCGCUCCUCCCCCAGGUCUCGAUCCGCUGAACCCGCCCCGACUUCACCUCGAGCUCCGACUUCCCCUGCUCUCUCUACGACCUCCUCACAACUCACAUUCCACACACCCUCUUCGCUCUCAACCCACCUCUCAACCCUGCACGACUCGCUCCUCUCGACCCUCGCCGCCUUGAUCGGCCACGUCCACUCUCACUCGCGCUCCUCCUCUCCAGCAGCCAGUUUCGCCCGCCUCAUCGACCUAACCCGCGAAGCAAUCGAGCGCGUGCGAGACGUGUUGGUCGUGGUGGAGAAGGUUGGAAAGCUAGCGCCGCCGCUUUCGCCGGACCAGGAGAAUGCGCCGUCUGCGCAGGCAGAUGCGGGAGAAGGCUCGCCAAUGAAGGUGCUCGCGAGGACUAGGGAGAAGUUGUAUGAGGCGACGACUGCACUUGUGCAGGCUGCUCGAGUUGCGACUGCUCCCUCAGCCGCUUCCGCUCCCUCGUCCGCCUCUUCCUCCCCGCGCAAAAACUCGCUCGACUCGGUUCACACGACUUCCACCUCUUCGACCGUCUCGGACGCAGAUCGCGCCAAAUCGAGGAAUCGCCGACGACGCGAUCAGGACGAGCAGGAACGCAAGUUGCUGCUGAGCGCAGCGACGGCUGUUCUUCGAGCAGGGGGCGACUGCGUAGGAGCGGUCAAGAACGUCGUUGGACUCGUCGCAUCGACGGUUAAAGGCGAGGAUGGCGAGAGCUCGAGGUUCGAGGUCGUCUUGCCUCGACCGCGGGCCGGAGAGGACGAGCACGAUGAGCGGCGCUUAGCGGCGGAGGAGAAACAUGCGGAUGCGCGGUCCGUCCGGAGCGUUGGCAGUGCGAGCACCAAGUACGCGGAUGCGGAAGAAGACGUUGGUGGUUCGGUCCGGCCAACUUCAGCCAUCGGCGCCCGCCAAGCUCCGCCUUCGUCGCCCGGCCUCGUCGCAGGUCCUCGGUCGUCGGUUGCGGCUGCUUCAGCCGCCAUUGACGCGCGUCGCCGAAACUCGCACACGAUCAGCAUGCUUGGGCGGAAGGCGACGAGUUUGGGUUGCUUGAGGGACAGGUACACGGGUGAUGGCAUUGAGGAUGCGCCCCUUGAUGGCUUGAAGGGUAUGAGCUUGGCGGAGGGAGAAGAGGGAGAGGAGGAAGACGAACGGGAAGCGAACACGACGAUGGAGACGGAGCCGGCGUCUUCUUCCGUCGCGCACAUCGACCAUGCCAAGACGCCUUCGACGCCCAUCGACUCGCCUGCCAUCUCUAUGUACCGCCAGCACUCGACCGACUCGACCCGCUCGCACCAGUCCUCGUCGCGCCACACCGACUUCUCGCAUGCCUCGUCCAGCAACAUCACGGCCGAGACGAGUCCGCGCAGCUCGAUGCAGGCGACGAGCGCGAAGAGCGUAGCUGGUCACUCGCGCUCGCAGUCGAAGAAGAGCCUGGUGCGGACGAGUCUCGGGAGCGUGCGCGAGUCGCUUCCUUCCUCGCCCUCGAUCCCUCAGACGCCGGGCGUCCCGACACCGGGCGCGACGCCGCGAGGAUCGGUCUCGUCCAGCGGCCCCUGGUAUCUUCAGCGCGACUACCUGCCGCGGGAGAUCUCGUUCAACGCCGACGGACACGUCUCGGGCGGGACUUUGCCGUGUCUCGUCGAGCGCAUGACCCUGCACGACACCACGAUCGACGCCGCCUUCUCUGAUACGUUCCUCCUCACCUUCCGCAUGUUCACGACCCCUCUUGAGCUCGCGCGUCUUCUCUGGGCCCGCUUCGACCUCUCGCCGCCUCGACACCCCGAGACGGGCGCCGAGCUUUCGGCCGACGAGUUGAAGCAGUGGACGGCGCAGAAGCUCACGCCGAUUCGCCUCCGCAUCUACAACCUCUUCAAGACUUGGGUCGAGAGCUACUGGCUUCACGAGCAGGAUCGCGAGAUUGUCGACGGCUUGCUCGAGUGGAGUCAGGGGAGUCUCAAGGCGGCGAUGCCAGCGGCGAGCAACCGCCUCGUCGACCUCGUCAACAAGCGGAUCGCUGCGGCCGAACGGGCAGGCGAGGACAGCAAUGGCUUCGUCCAGCACAGCAAUGCGUCGUCGACUAGCGUCGGGUCCAGCUCGGCGUCGCACAGCGUCAACGACUCGACCUCGUCGCUGACUGUCUCGAACGCGACGCCCGCUUCGUCGAUUCGCAGCGGUCUCGCAGGCACCGGCGGAUUCCUAUCUCGCAUGCAGUCAACCGACAAGCUCAGGAGUGGCAAAAGUAUAGCCCCGCUGUCGACAGCCCGGGUCUCCUCCGACUCGUACACGCCCGGAUCGCCUUCCGCAUCCUCCGCUCCCUCCCCCAUCAUCACCAAGUCGCUCGUCGCCGCCCUUCGUCCCGCCUUGUCCGGCCGCACCCCGCUUUUCUCGUCCGUCACUGAGGUCGACGCCCUCGAGCUCGCUCGCCAGCUGACCAUCCUCGAGUCGCGCACCUAUUGUUCGAUCCGAGCGGACGAGCUACUCGGCUCGAACGCGGCGACGGGAUGUGCGAAGGGUCCAGUCGAGGCCUUCAAGGCCUGCAACGUGCGCAAGAUGAGCACGCUCAGCACGAGGUUGACGGGCUGGAUCACGGAGACGAUCCUCGGCGAGCAAGAUCAGAAGAGGAGGACGGCGCUGCUCAAGUACUUCAUCAAGGUCGGCGAGCGCCUCCUCGCCCUCGCCAACUACAACGCCCUCUUCGCCGUCUUCACCGCGCUCAACUCGUCGACCAUCUCGCGCCUCCGCAAGACGUGGGACGGGAUCGCACCGAAGUACAAGGCCGUGUUUGACACGCUCAGGAAAGCGACGGACCACGGCCGCAACUACGCCGAGUACCGCCAGAAGAUCCGGCAGGCUGUGCCGCCCUGCUUGCCUUUCGUCGGGCUCUUCCUCACCGACCUCAUCUUUGUCUUUGAGGGCAACCGCGCUGAGCGCUUGUCGCCAGUCGACUCGUCCCUCCAGCUCAUCAACUUUGACCGCUACCACAAAAUGGCUCGCAUCGUCGGCGAGCUCCAGCGCUUCCAGUCGCCCUACCCGCUCGUCGAAGUCCCCGAGAUCCAGGCCUACCUCUCGCAACAGCUCGAAGGCCUCAAGCGCGGCCAGGACGCCCAGUCGCUCUACCGCCAGUCGCUCCUCAUCGAGCCGCGGCAGGCGCCCGGACCUGGCUCGUCCGCCGCCUCGAUCAUCAGCUCGAACGACGGCCACAAGCACCGCGACCUGUUCAACUGGCGCGGUUGA